CUCGCUCAGCUGCUUUGGUGUAGCGGCUGUGUAAAUUGAUACGUAAAUUUUACGUUAGCUUGCUGGUUAAAGGAAAUAACUGAUUAUAUCGUGUUUGUUAUGAAUGGAAAUUUAUUUUUUCUGUUUGGGCUAAAUUAGCGGCACCUGUAUUGUAAAGAUCAUCCAACUCUAUCGAUUGCAGUACCGAGCAAACCAAAUUACUGUUUACAUUUGUCGAUGCAUAACGUUAACGUUAACGGCUUCCCUAGGGAGUUCAAGUCCAGUUGGCUCUUUAUCGUCGGAGGACCAUGACUUUGACCCAACAGCAGAAAUGUUAGUCCAUGAGUAUGAUGACGAAAGGACUCUAGAGGAGGAAGAGUCUCUGGAUGGAGGAAGGAAUUUCAGCUCAGAAAUUGCAGAUCUUGAAAAGGAGGGGAACAUGCCGUUGGAGGAGCUUUUGGCCAUCUAUCGCUAUGAGGCCUCUGCAGGGUCUAGUAUAGACAGCUCCUCUGGAGACCUGACUGAUGAGCUGCCUGACAUGACUCUGGACAAGGAGGAAAUAGCUAAAGAUCUGCUGUCUGGGGACUAUGAGGAGGAGACCCAGUCCUCAGCUGAUGAUCUGACCCCUUCAGUUACCUCCCAUGAGGCUACCGAUUUCUUCCCAAGAACACUUCGAUCUAAUGCUGUCUCUGAUGGUGAUAAAGAGUCAGAGUGUGAUGAAGAUGGCCCAAGCCCAGAGGACUCAAGAAAGGAAAUAAUGGUGGGAACACACUACCAAGCAGAGGUCCCUUCUGGCCUCUGUCACUACAAAGAUGGAGAGAAAGUUUAUGAGGAUGAAGAUGAGUUAUUAUGGAGCCCAGGUAUAUUGCCAGAAAACAAGGUUAGAACAUUUCUGUCAGACGUGUUGUCACGGACCUCAGAUGAAAAGACAGGAUGUGACAAACCAUGGAUGCAUGUUCGAGACAACGAGCAGGCUUUGCAUGAGCUUGUCAAGUGCAACUACAACACUCGCGAAGCACUAGAGAGACACUGCAGCCGUUUAAAGUCCUCAAAAGAAAAAUCACCUCCGUGGUCAGAAGAGGAAUGCAAGAACUUUGAGCAUGCACUACAGAUGUAUGACAAGAAUUUUCACCUCAUACAGAAACAUAAAGUCACAACACGAACAGUAGCUGAAUGUGUGGCGUUUUACUACAUGUGGAAAAAGUCGGAGCGCUUUGACUUCUUUGUGCAGCAGAAUCGGUUUGGGAAGAAAAAGUAUAGCUGCUAUCCCGGUGUAACUGACCUGAUGGACCGGCUGGUAGAUGAAGCGGAGGGCCUGGCAGUGGACAGUUCCUCCUCGGUGUGUUCAGGAGCAGGUGGAGGAGGACGGCUGGAGGCCACCACCGACCAACAGCUCAGCCUGCUGAACUCCAUCACUGCCAGCGAUCUCACAGCUUUGAGUAACACUGUAGCCACAGUGUGCAACCCUGCGGAGGUUGGUUGCAUGGACUCCUACAGCUUUACCCCACUGGAAAGUCUCCAUCGUGGGUCUCUGAACCACGACGAAUCCCUCGGGUUCCCUUCUAAUGGCGCAGACACCGACUGCCUCAACAUGCUCGACGCCGGCUUCUACCACUCUGAUCUGGGCCAGCUAGGGGGAGUGUGUGUCAACAAGGACUGCGAGCGGCCCUCCAAGAGACUCAAGAUGGCCCUGCCUGACUCCUUUAUCAAUGACGUGUCUGUGGGUAACCUUGGAAUGGACUUUGAAGCACGACGGACAACAACGCACCACCACCGAAUCACCGGCGCAAAAAUGGCAGUUUCUGUCACAGACUUUGGGAGUUUGGCUGGCAGCGGCGAGCCCAACGGUUUCCUGGGAGCACAUGCACGGCACCACACACAGCACACUGCGGCACUUCAGUCAGAGUGAUCUUCCUCGUCUUCAUCCUUUUGUUCUUCCCUUUUGAAACACCUUAUCCCACUUGUGCAUAAGACUGACCUCACUGGAGAA